CGCGGAGGUGAUGCUGAAGACGCUCUCGGCUUCUCUCAGAUCUGAGACUGUUCCUAAAUGAUCAGCCGCACCUGUUGUCAUAGAAACGGUCACCAGCAGAGAGACGGAGGUCCACGGCAUCGCGAGCAGGAACCGCCGCUGGAGAACAAGACUAAUCCACAGAGCCUGGCCUGGAUUCUGCGUUCAGACAUCAGGACGAGAUGGAUCAGCUCGAGCGCCGCGCCGUUGAGGAGGAGCUCCAGACAUCCCAGAAAAUAAAGUGUUUGAACGACGGAGGAUACGAGCUGCAAAAUCAUCAGAUGGUGACAGACGUGGAGAAUAACAUCACAGUGAACACACAUCCACUGGAGAGCACAGUACUGAUCAUCCAGCAUGACUGGCGAGACUUCCUGCAGACACAGGAUAUCCUGGAGAAGAGAAGCCCCUCCCCUCCCUCUCUGUCCUCAGACAAGAUGAGCACGUCCAUCAGCAUGAUCACCCUAUCAGACGGCAGCACCCCCGUAAGCCCCGCCCUCUUUCCUCUUCCGCAGGCUGAUGGUGUAGAUGCAGGAGUUUGAGGUGUUUGCCAGGUUUAGGUCAGUUUGGUCUGAAAGUCGUGCCGUUGUGGAGCAUCAAAUGUAUUUGGUAAUGCUUGUUUUCAGACAUGUUCCCUGGUAGUAAUUAAGGUAUUAUUUGACAUACCUUUGACACACCUAUUAUAUUAUGUAUUAUAUAUUAUGUAAAUAAGGAUAUGGGGCAGUUGUUCUUCUGUGCUGAGAAGAUUGUGACUGUUUUGUUGUUUGAUUAAAUCUUAUGGAAUCUGAGUAUCUCACGCUCGGUUGAGUAUCUCAUAUGUGACCAGAAGAGGGAUCUGUUGUUUAGGCGUUAGUGUACAGUACAGGUUAACACACACACACACACACACACACACAC